GGUUGAACGAUGCCAAGAAACUCGGAUUAGAACCCACACCCGUUCCUUGGUCAACCAUCGCUCAAAGCUGGGAACUAGAGCGUUAUGGUUCCCAAUUCGAAGAGGAGGACGAGGAGAUGGAUGAAACUGAACCCGAGGCCUCAGAAAUCGAAGAAUUGAUAGAACAACUCAAACGAGAUCCUACUCUCGAUCAACAUGAACAAAGGUUGCUCGGGUCGAUCGUGAAUCCACGGCAUAUGCCUACCACCUUCGCACAAGUACACUUACCAGCUUCCACAAUUGAUUCCAUUCGCACUAUCGUUUCACUACCAUUGUUGAAACCAGAUGCCUUUAAUUAUGGAAUUUUGAAACAACAUGGCAUGAAUGGUGCACUGCUUUUUGGGGCUCCAGGGACUGGAAAGACACUUAGUAUACGCGCUCUGGCCAGAGAAAGCGGUGCUAGGAUGAUGAUAAUCAAGCCAUCGGAUGUAAUGGACAUGUACGUAGGCGAGGGAGAGAAGCUUGUACGGGGCGUGUUCAGUCUGGCUAGAAGGAUUUCACCGUGUGUAGUCUUCAUUGAUGAAAUCGAUGCUCUACUAGGAGCGCGGUUCUCUUCACGGGGAAGUGGAGGAGAUUUAGCUCAUCGAGGGGUGAUCACAGAAUUCAUGCAAGAGAUGGACGGGCUGAAGUCGAACAAGGAUACAAACGUGGUAGUAAUUGGUGCAACCAAUCGGCCAUUUGACCUUGAUGACGCGGUGUUACGGCGCCUACCUCGGCGACUUCUCAUUGACCUGCCUGGUGAAAAGGAGAGAGCUGAGCUAGCGAAUGAUGUGGACAUAGAGGCCCUCGCCAAACAUACAGAAAGCUUCUCUGGCUCUGAUCUCAAGCCCUUGGACGCGGUCAAAGAGGGCGCCGACCUACCGUGGAGUGUUCCACACCAUCUUUCGGAGAAUAACUCUAAGACGACGACCCAUUCAGACCUUUCUGAGCAAAAUCUGACUGUCUUGCAGACAUCAUCAGACUCGGCUUCCUCGGCCGAUCCAUCAUCAGGAGUAGAUUCGACACAAACUGGAGUGAACAAUGAACCUACAUCUGGCGAGGAGACAAAUUCUAAACGAGUGUUACGUCUAUCGCAUUUCGAAAAGGCACUCAAGGAAAUCACACCUUCCGCGUCAGAACAACUUGGCUCACUGGCAGACUUGCGAAAAUGGAAUGAAGAAUUCGGAGAAGGAGGUAGGAAGCGAGGAAGGAGAAUAUGGGGUAGUAAGUUUGGCUUUGUUGAUAAAAAUAACGAGAAACGGGAGGAAGGGCGUGUACAGCAGGCGUAG